UGCCUCCAGGGUAGGAGCAUCCUCAGGCACUCUGGGAAACCUCUUCCAGUGUCUCACUGGAUGUGCUCAGAGCCCAAGCAGAGCUUGCUGCCCUGGUUAUGGCGCUUCCCAGAGCAUUGUUUGCUGGUGCACUUGAAAUUUACUCACUGCAUCACUAUUCAGCACCUGGCUGUUUUUCUGAUCAAAUGCUUCCCCUUUGUCAGGUUUGUGUGGUAAUUUUUUGUGAUGCUGAGAAAUGGGGGACUCGAUCUUAAGCGCUGUUUUUAAUUUAGAGGCAGCUAUGCCUGUGUUUGCUCUGCACAGCAAUCGGAGAGCUCACAUAGGGAGACAAAGCGUAGAUAAUUGGCAUUUCUGAGCCAACUGCUGACUGCAGCCAAUUAGCUGAAAAGUGACAAUUUGUGACUGCUGCAGUAAGGCGGCACAGUAUUGGAAUAUAAAUCGAUUUUCAGCUUGGUGUAAGUUCAGAAGUGAACUAGUUUUUAUAUUCGCACAAUAUCAAAUGUUUGUGCCAUAAAGGCUCAAUGGCUUAGUUAGCAUUGCAGCAUGUGAAGAACAAGUCAUUUGUCUCCUUCAUUGGCUUUCCGCACAGGAGCAACGUGGCUCACAGUAGUAGGUGUGAAAAUCAAAUUUUAGUGGAAAUUUUAUUUUUAUUUGUUGUAGAAUAUAAAUUUGGGCGUAUGAACCUCUUCAGCUGUACCACAUUUACCAGAAGCUUUUUUUUCUACAAGGUAUCGAAGCAGUGGUCUGAUUGUGCUUGCUUGCAGAUUGGUUUUGAGCUUCUGGUGAGCAGUGGGGAGUGCAAAAAGGAACAGACUAAAUUCUGGGGCAUCUCUCCUCUCUGUGACCCAGUUCUCAUGGAUCUUCAGCUAUGGAUGGCUGUAGAAUGGUAGAAUAUCCUGAGUUGGAAGGGACCUACAAGGAUCAUCGAGUCCAACUACUGGCUCCACACAGGUCUAAAAUUCAAACCAUAUUUCUAGGAGCAUUAAAUAGAGAAAGAAGAGCAUUAUUCUGGUGAAGUAAGUAAGGAUAAUGCAAAUAAAAUGGAUACUACACUGAUAAAGACCAAAGACUGUCCUGAGACAGUUAUAUUCUGAGAUAUGGUACUUCAAAUGUUAAGAAAUAUAGUGCUACAUGUGCAAGACCUUCUUCCUCUGAAGCUUCAACCCCUCUGAUAAAGCAGUUCCCUACAGUAGGUCGCACAGGUUGACAACCAGUUGGGUCUUGAGGAUCUCUAUAGGAGACAGUCCCAGGUCACUCAGCCUUUCCUCAUACAUAAGAUGGCCCUUCAUCAUCUUUGUGGCCCUCCAUUGGACUCCUUCCAGAGAAUCCCUGUCUUCCUGGAACUGGAGAGCCCAGAACUGAGCACAGUAUUCUAAAUGUGGCCUCACAAUUGCAGAGCAGAGGGGGAAAAUCAGCUGGUCACACUCUUUUUAAGUUCCUAAGGUUAGCUCUCUGCUGUCCUACCAAUUUGCAUUGCUCAUUACAGAUGUUGGCAGAACAGCACACAGCAGAGUCAGGACCAUUGUAUAGAUGAUUGCAUUCUCACAACACAGCAACUUUAUGGACCUGGUACAGUUCUUUGUGACGUUUUUCAGUUGUUUCCUGUCUCUGCUCCUGGUGGCAGCUGUGGUCUGGAAGAUUAAGCAGAGUUGCUGGGCAUCGCGAAGAAGAGAGCAACUACUCCGUGAGAUGCAACAGAUGGCAAGUCGCCCCUUCGCCUCCAUCAACGUUGCCUUAGAAACAGAUGAAGAGCCGCCAGAUCUCAUUGGGGGAAGCAUAAAGACCGUGCCGAAACCGAUAGCGCUGGAGCCGUGCUUUGGUAACAAAGCAGCUGUUCUCUCUGUAUUUGUGAGGUUGCCUCGAGGGGUUGGGGGUAUCCCACCACCAGGACAGUCAGGUCUUGCUGUGGCCAGUGCACUGGUGGACAUUUCACAACAGAUGCCAAUUGCCUACAAAGAGAAAUCGGGUGCAAUACGAAAUCGGAAACAGCAGCCCCCUGCACAGCCAGGAACCUGUAUUUGAUGCAUGGACAUCAGAAACUCUAUAGGGUUUUAAUCAAAAUGGUAAAGUACCACCGAGGAGGAAGAUUCUCAAGUUGUGUGUCACAAGAGACUAGAAGCACUCAGAAAAACACAGCUUCCUUGAACCCAACCUUUUCUCUCAUCUACGUGAUAGUUGGCUUUAUUUGGCAACUGCUCCACUUAAGUUUUACUGACACGUGGCUUCAGAUUGCGCCUUUGUUUUCUUCAAGUUGAAAGUAAAAUAAUUUUCUUGCAGGUCCAGUAACAUCCGAUCGCCACCAUUCAUGGUCAGUGUAAAUAGAACAGUAGUCCUAUGAAUGACACUCAGGUUUAUACAUGGAAAGUGCUUUGUAGUUCAUGUAUUUAUCAAACUGUACAAAAAAAAAAAAAAAA